AGUCCAAUCUCUUUUUUUGGCCGCCCUCCAAGCCUUUAAAUGGUAACUUCUACUGGCUUUGCAAACUACGCCCUGUAGGGAAUCUUACUAUGAUUGCAGGGUCUUUAGUCCCCUCGUUUUCCUGUUUGCAGUGAGUUGCAAGAUGUGGUAUCGCGCUUGUUGAUUUUUGCCGCUGCUGCUUCUUCAGAGGAAAAAAGGCAUGAAAAUAAGAAAUACAGCUGAGGCACAGCGCCAGUUGUAAGAGAAUUUGGUAGAAGGUGGACCAGGAGCAUCCGUUUUUUUCACAAGAAGAAAGUACCAGACCGCCGUCAUGCAUGGGAGCAAAGAGCGAAGCCUGGCUGCGGGCCGCGAGCCUUUACUCAGCGACGCGAUUCAACAACAUCGCGCAGUUGCGGUGGGAGGUGGGUCUUCGUCAUCCUCCUCAUCGUCAUCUUUUUCACGGCGCCCGAAAGGCGUUGUUCAGCAAGUUCCGAAUUAUCUUCCUCCAGAUUCUAAUAAUCAAGGACUGGGUGAUCCUGAAUCAAGCAGCAGCCGGGAUGCCCAUAAGCGUGGACUGCGUCAUGGCAGUGAACGCAUCUCUCGACUACAAGAACAGCACAUGCUCUUCGGGGGAGCGCGAUAUCAUGAUAACCAUUCGACGCGAAUGGUUGAGGACGAUCCAAACCACACAUUUUUCGACGAGGAGGAUGGUAGCGACACGUAUCAUAGCGAGGCUGAUGAUGAAUUGCUCGCGAGCAACGAAGGUGUAUCUGAAGUUAAUCUUAACCAGGGAAUGAACAACAGCGGAUACGAGGACCACCAUAAUCGUAGUACCAGGGGAGGUUUGGCCACCUCUUCUACAGGGAGACAGUGCGGCACAACAGCAAGCAAUCAACAGCAGAGCGAGAGGGAGGCUAGCAGACUCGGAGAAGCUGAAUAUCAGUCGACUCUUCACAAACAGGAGAAACGGACAUGGAAGUCCCUUUUUUGUGGUAGGCAAACCAAAGCGGCACAUCAAGACAACAAGCGCCAUCGUCUGUCAGGCAGGAUAGGUGCUGGUGGAGGUCACAAGCUGCAUCUGAGUCACGACCUGAAUGGUGAACUUCGGCGCGAAAGGGAUCUGCCCGACCGCACUGGCAACAUGACCUCCUUGUCAGCGUUGAACAGUGACGACUUAGACGACAACGAUCAUGUGAACAAUUUCGAGAAUGUUAGUGCAAAAAGUAGGCGAGAUCAUCAGCUUCAGAAGGACGGCACUAGCGGUCAUAAUAUGCCAGGCGAGGGACAACAAGAACAAGGAGGACGCGACUCCGGAGGUGCAAUUGUAUCUGCGAUGCCUCUGGUCCCAAAAGCGGGAGCCUCCGGCACGAGUAUUGCAGGCAAGGACCCGAGAAGUAGUAAAAAUCGUGCUCGAAGUCGCAUUCCAACCAUAAAGCAGAAGAAGUACUUUUUCAGUUGCCGUUCAGUGCUUCGUCUCACCUGCUUCUGCCUGUACCAUGCCAUAGACUACUGGAGCAACAUUCUACUCACCUUGUUGUGUUUUUUCUGGCAUUACAUCACGGGAGAAGUCAUGUGGGCUUUUAGCGGAAUAUGUGGUUGCGUGUGCGUCAUCGCGGCGGGAAGUUUUUCCUGUUAUCUGGCACUCGGCGACAAGUACUUUAUGCGCUUUGGCUUCUACACUUAUGGUGAACAAGAUGCCAGUUGCAACUACGCGCCGAUAACCAAGUACUAACAGGAAACUACUUUCAAGAAUGGAACAAUCACAUUGAAAAUCAAAAUCAAUUGUGGAAGAAGAUUGCCUGUACAAUAUCUGUCCUUUUCUUCGAUAUUUGAAUUGUCUAAGUUGUUCGCUUAUUUCUUUGUGUUUUUCCGCUCGGUUUCGGGCAGGGCAUGAUCUACAAGCUUGCGUACCAUCGCUACAUUCGCAGAAAACAUGUCACUGGAGACUAUGCGGCAUCUUGCGAGGGAUCUCCAUAUGAGGUUGUCAACUCGUCCGCUCCGGGUUGGAGAUUUCAUACCAAAUCUUUCGUUGGGCUCUACGAAAGUACUUCUUAUUUUGCAUUCUUAGACUGAUGAUGGGGCAGAGUCCUAUAUAUUCGGCAAGGAUUGCCAAAAGAUAGAAUACGCUUCACAUUGAUAAUGAAGCGAUCUUCUAUACUCAUUCCUUAGUCUUAAAAUCGACGUCGUCUUUUCUAGGUACUUUCUACGCUGGACUCGCAGCGUUCAUGAUCACGCACGAUUUGACCGGAGUUUCCUUGCUUCUAUCAAGUGCUUCGAGCAUCUACUCCCGCGAACCUUCGGGGACGCUUCCUCCACAAGAGCCUGAAGAGAAAAAAUUUCUCGUCCCAGACACUAAGAAUUUCGUAGCGGAUGGUCCUGCAGGUGGACUGCAACCUGGUACGCACAAUCAGUUCAACACCGCGGGUAAUAUGAACCACGUAGGAGCACGGCCGGGACCGGCCUCUCAUAGCGGGCUGCACGGCAAUCUCGUGCAUGCUGCGAGUGCCGGAGUCGGUAAUGCAGUAUCGACGAGUAGCACACCGAUGGACACAAGCCCUCCAUUGCAUCAGCCCCCUCCGCUCUUUGUGAUGUGGUCGAUGUUGCCAAGUUGGUUCUUCAUCGAGUGCGUGGUGAUGUAUGUACGGCUUUUGUUUUUAUUUUCUUCUUUCUGUAAAUAAAAUAGGUUUCUGCAAGCCUUGUUAUCCUGCUUACUUGAUUAACCGCAAUGGAUGAUCUACUCCAUCAAACACAAACACGCUCUUUCAGAAAGACGUACACUGUAUCAAUAGGCGACUCAUAUAGAGACGAUAUUCACGUCGUUAGAUAACGUCCCUCGCGUACAACAUUUCAGUUCUAAGAGUCUAAUUUGUGGCGCCUUCUUGAGCUCCGCGUGGACCCUAGCACAUGUUGCGGUCGAAAUCGAUUAUAGGGUGUCAGCCUACAUCAAGGAGCGAACAGACCACUCGAGAUGGUUUUCGACCUGUUGCAUUGCUGGCCGGGUGAUAGAAGUUGUCUCGACAGUGAUGACACUAGGUUUCGUUAUGCAACAAGCACUUCUUUCCAAGAUAAUUAGUUUGCUGCAAGAAGCCUACAAUCAAUUUCAACCUGAGUUGUGAAUACUGUGGUUGAUAUUAAAAGUAACGUAUCUGUUUCACGAACGAUGCUGGAGAUGUGAGCCUUCAUGUUCUAAUGGUUUCGUGCGCAUCAUAUCUUUGAUGGUGGGUAAUGCAGCGGCUAUUUGCUCUUUCCUCUUCGUCACGAGCUACUACCUUGUGGGCGUCGCCCAGCUGUGGAUCGCGUCUCCCCAGGAAAAAAGUUUUUUAUUAUGCUGGGAUGAAGAUAAAAGUAAAGAUCCAUGAAUAUCACGACGGAUGAUUAAUGUAUGAUAGUAAAGUACGUGGACCUAGUGGGAUUUCGGGUAAACUGCGUCCUGAUAGUUACUGGACGAUUGGAAUUUUGUUUGCCUUUGCUCUAAUUUUCGUUCAUUUCUUUGUUGGGUUUAUGUACAUGAGUGCGGAUCUGAGCCGUUUCGUCGAUCAUCCAGGGUUUGCCAGAGUCGCUCGCCUUCUUUCCUGGCGUAUACAACUGGUGCGGCUUGCUGUAUUUGUGCUCUUUAUGACCACAUUUACUUAGAUUAUUUAAUCAGUCAGGUGGAGGUUGCCGUUGCGCUUGAUAGAGGACCGAACCAGGUUUAACAUUCUCCCUCCCUCAGCAUGCUGAAUCGGAAUAAAAAAAGGUUCUUUGAUGUGUUUCUAAGACUCUGCUUCUGAGCGGGCUGGUACCGGUAGUGACAGACAGUGAAAGCGGAGAGACAUUGUGCUUUUUCCAGUUGAUGAUCGCGAGGCAUUUUGCCUUGUUCGUGUUUUACGCGACCAUGGUGUCUGGGCAUCUAGUUUUUCAUUUAGUUCAGGGAUACUUCGUUUCACCAGAGCGUGACGAUAUUUUCCUGCUUGCAGCUGCUGGGGACGUAGCGAGGCUGAAGAGCGUCCUCACGGAACUAUCAAAACUCACUGUCGAUGUCAAUCAUCGCCGAGAAAACGGGCAUGCGCCCUUGCACGUCGCUGCGCGAUACAACAUUAUGCAUGGUUUCUUGUUGCCACAAUGAUAGACUUAAUUUCCUCUGGGUAAGAAGGCGACAAAAAAGGUAAUUUUCUUUCUGCAGGUCUCGAAAAGCCCAGAAAUACUUGUACAAAUUACCAACACUGCUUGGCUUGUUUAAGUUCGUUGAACAUCUAAAAGAACGAUUGAAUGCAUCAACGUGCUUCUGGUGUACGGAAAGGCAAACAUCAACCUCCCGACAUCGAGGGGUAAAACAGCCCUGCACAUCGCCGCUGAGGAGGGCAAGCUUGCGACCGUCCGCUUUCUUGUGGAGUGCAAUGCUACUUUGAACAGUCAAGACUGUGAGGGAAAUACUCCUCUCCACCUUGCGGCCGCGAAGCACUACCACGAGGUCGUCAAGUAUCUCAUCGGGACUGCCGGUGUGACAACCGAUAUUCUGAAUUUAUGAAAUUUAGUGUCGAGGGUAAGAAUGUCCUGUGAAUUUAGAAGUAGCUGGACGAGGCAAUUUUCAUCCAGCGAAAGUAGUCAUUAUAGUGACGAAUUAGUCAGUAGAAAUUUGUCUUACUGCAGCACCAACCGACGACCUUUCUAAGAUGUUACGAAGGAGCGCUAUGGUAUGAUCUCAUUGACGUAGUGGAUUCGCAGGAUAUUGACGGGAUGCGCCACAUGAUGAUCCAUUCUGCUACGAUGGUACUACUACUAGUUACUUGUGUCUGUGCUAGAUCUUUGGACCUUGUGGCAGUCUGCACAGAUCUUUAAGCGAAAUUCAUUGUAUUGUAUUGCAUUGCAUUGCAUUGCGUGCUUCUUCUAAGAGCACCCUGUGCUGUGAAAGUCAUGCAACUGCCUCACUUUUGUAGUAUGGCGCAUCUGAACCUGAAGCUGCAAUCAACAGGUGCCUGGUGUUCGUGGAAAUUCUUCCUCCGCGUCGUAUUCAUCAAGACGACUGGCUCGAGGAUUAUACGGCUAUAAAGCCGUAGGUCCUUCUACGACUUCUGGUCUGACAGGCACGGCGAGCACGGUAGCCACGACCGGUAGGGGAACUGUUAAUGUAGCGCGAAACGCAGGGAGUUGCGCGUCCUCUAGAGGACAUCUGCAGGCGUUUUCCCAGUCAGUAUCGCAAACGCAGCUAAAGCGAUCCAUUGUCGAUGCUUCCGGGAUUACGCUCUACUCAACACGCGAGACUCAGAGUCGUGAAAGUGACUUGUCCUUUUGUAAUGCUACAGAUGGGCGCAGAUGGACGUCCGAUGGCUACGAAGUGGACAUGAACUUUCCUCCUCCUGGCGCGAGCCUUAGCCGUGCGACUACCGGUGGAGCACCCUCGAAUCCAGGUUCUUUGCUGGAACUCAGCGAGAUGACAAUGCCAUCCACCUCAUCGGGGCUCAAUUAUAGUACGAGACAAAGGAGCGGCGUCGGCGGUCCCCCCGGCGGCGGCUCCUCUUCCUCGUCAAGUAAUCCACCCAAUUAUAAUAUGGCGGUAGAAAAGAACAAACGCUACAGCGCUGUUGUGAGGCAGUCAGUAAGAACUGCGUCUGGAACGAGCCUAGGCAGUGUGCCUGAGGAACCUGGACGAGGACAAGGACACCUGAGCGAAGACAACUUGGAGAAUCGCGUUGGAGACCGUGAAAAUCAGGAUCCAAAGCAGCAGAGGCGCCUCCUGUUGUCCUGUUCGAACGGCAAAAAACGAGGCAAGUCAAUGGGAACCACACUGCCACGCAUACGUAGUCAGGAGACCGAGCUUUACAGUAUGGACGGUGGAGAGACGAGCCCCGACGACUCAUCUUCCAAGUUCAAGCAGGAGACCACUUUAGUAAAAGAUCAUCCUGGUGAGGAUCAAUUGCAGGGAAGUAGGUCCGGCCGCGAGGAUGGACUUUUAGAUAAAUCCACCCCACCGAAAGGGACGCAGGAAGUGAGGUGGAGCAACUCAGGAGGAAGCGCGCGACUCAAAAAUCGAGGCGGCUGUUCUGGACGUAGCCCUGAGUGUUCACGAAAGUCAGCCGUGUCCCCAGACAGUGUGGAUGCAGUGAGCUCAGCUAAGUUUGGGUCAGGGAAGAAAAACGGAAGACUUUCGAAGAACCUGGCAUCCAGCAGCCCUGAAGCGGCUUCGGGACCCCCUGAAUCUCUAGACUUGCAUGCGGAUUCCAAUGCUGGCAGUACAGUGGUCGCAGUCGGUUCGGCAAGUUUUGGUGCGACAGGAUAUGCCUCUCCUGGUGGCGACGCGGAUUCUACAAUGCCUUGCGCGGCGGGUAAGCCUCUAGUAUGCGGAGGUAUAACCGCUGCACGAGUAAAUAACGGGUCGUCGACAUCGACACCACACAAAAUGCCGAUACCAAAGCUCGGACAGGGACUCCAUCUGAGUCGAACCUUGUCAGGGAAUCAGAUGCACGCAGGAAACAGGAUGAACUUGGGUAACGGUAGCGCCAACGAGUGUUGGAGGGGCGACCUUCGUAGUGGAAGUCCUACGCGUCCUGCGGUAUCCAGCGGAAGUCACCGCGACAAUCCCGGCACGAGCGGUAGUACGUCUGGGGCUCUCGCGCUCGGUUCCGGCGGACGCUCCUUGAGACCCAGUCUGAUGCCGGCUUCAUCGGAUGGAACCAAUAGCCAACCGUGGGAGCUUGCGAAUCUGUCCGACUUGGAACUGUACAACGCGAUGCACAGCGGUCACCAGCCUUACAAUACUAUGUUGCAGCAACAACACAGCCGCACUUACACGGAAACGGAGGAGCCGGGACGGACAAUAUCAGAGAGACUCGUUCGUGUCGAGCCUGCAGCACAAGACCCUUUCUUCGAACGCGGCACGUUCGGAAAACCUAGACUGCUCUACAAUACGGGGGCAGGAAAUCACAGUGGUGAACACGGUGUGGACGAUGCUGCGGACCUCCGGGAUCUCGAAAAUGCGCCAGCGCGACAGGACUUUUACUUUUUCUACCCGUACUACAGUGUGGAUCCUGCACGGGACAACAUGGCUGGUCACGUGCUGCGACCCUGCGGCCUCUCGAGUCUCAUCUUCUCGACCGCCACGCCCUACAUUUUUGGUCGUUUUUUCCUUCGCACUGUGGAUGAGGAGCGACGCGUGCUUGAUCCCGAAUACAACGCGAAGCGUGAGGCCGGGAAGCGAGCGAUUCGCGCCUACCGAGGGGAGGGAAGCACGUUUGCUGAGGACCAGCCAGGUUAUGGCAACCAGCAGUACCUGGAACUACAGCAGCGUCAGUCUGCUAGUAGCGCGGGGCGAGGGGGACACGCGUGUACGUCUCUGUUUAGUAACGGGGCCGCUAAUCGAGGAUUUGGCAAGGAAAUGCCAGGACCUCACGACAGACGGUCUUCGCUUCUUGCGCCUUCGUCCCGAGCAUCCAGUGGCCUCGCAGCGGACCAGCGUCACAGCAUGCGUUCGUCAGUUCGCGGCAGUACGCUACUGCAUCAUCAGCGUCUGGCGCGGCGACCGCCGAAGAGGCGAGACCCACUACAGAAUCUGGACUGGAAUAAGCUCGGUCCUCAGGACUUCACAGUCCUUCAGCAGCUAGGCCGUGGGACAUUCGGAACUGUGAUGAAAGUUUGCCUGAAGGACGACCCAGAUGUGAUUCUAGCACUCAAAUUGCUUUCCAAGAAGCAGUACAAAGUGCAGAACAUCGUGUGCAGGUACUACCUCUGAAGGCUUUUGGAGUUUUGAAUAUCUUCGACUCCCUUGAUGUAAUUGUUCUUGGUAAGAAGUACCCUGGUUGCGGUUGCCUUCAUCGAUCUACAAAGAGAUGAUCCUCUUGAUUUUUGCAUAGAAGCAAUUUGGAGACUGAUAGCAUUUGGUCUACUCGGUCUCGUGUGCCUUUUUCUAAUUGCAUCUAAUCCUCAACAGGUAUUACGCUGAGGAGCAUGUUUUGAGAACGGUAAAGCAUCCGUUCAUCGUGCUGCUUUACGCAACUUUUUCUACGCCUUUGCACUGGAUGCUGUUGAUGGAGUUCUGUCCUGGAGGCGACCUCCACGAUUUACUAGUCUCGCAAGGCACUCCAGGCCUUAGCCAGAUCGUGGUGUUGAAGGCUGCGACCGAAAUUCUUUUAGCCCUCGAAUUUUUACAUGCUCGCGGCAUCGUUUUUCGCGACUUGAAGUGCGAGAAUGUCAUCUUGUCUGCGAGUCGCACUUGCCGUCUUACGGACUUCGGUUUAGCAAAAGAGGAUCUGGACGCCGCUCGGACGGACGGCGUCUACUCCUUCUGCGGCUCUUACGGAUACUGUGCACCAGAAGUUUUGCAGUUAAAGCAGGCAAAGAAGCAAGCAGCGAUGGAGGGACGAAGAUCAGGUUUGCAACCUUUUACGAGUCAAGGAUCAAUGAAUAUGCUAAGGACCGUGGCAUGGUGUUCAUCAGCGUCUCACAGGUUGAUUACUUAUGUAUGAUAAGCUCAAAUAAAAAGACUGGAAUUCCAAGUCAAAAACAAAUUGGAAUUUUUCUUUGUUUUAGGUGGUGGGCUAGGGGGCAAGCCGAAGGCUCGAGGAUACGGACACGCAGUGGACGUCUAUUCUUUCGGUGUGGUCCUGUUUAUGCUCGUCACUGGUGGCCAACGUACCUGGUCGAAAACGGGUAACAACAAGCGGGAGAACAAUAAUUACAAGAACAAGAGCGUCGGGAAUCAAGCGAACCAAGCGGCCGCUAAUGCGGUUGGGGAGGCUUCAAGGAAUCCAAUGAAGGAUCAGUUCGCAGUGAAUCCUGGCGAUGCAAACGCAGGUGUGCAGCACGCAGGGGCAAAAGGAGACAAUUACCAAAGUUCGAGGAAUGUUAAUAGGGGCGAUCAACUUCCUGUUUCGAAUCAACAUGGCAACAACAACAACCAGAAAACCUCCGAUCAAACUGGGAAGGAGAAUUCCCGUGGCACUAGCAGUACCGCGGGAAGCUCUAAGGGGCAAGAGAAUCGAUUCCCUCCGGCUUGCCACGAGGACCUCCGCAGUGAGCUUGACAGCGUUUUGCGGUGGAAGCAGAGAGACGCCGUUUCGUUUCGGCUACCGCAAAAUAGACAGCAGUAUGUGUCCAUGCGCGAGAAGUCGCAAAGGUGGCAGCAGCAUCCUUACCUUCUGGAGCUCGUAGGCGUGAUGGUGAACGAGAGCGCGGAUAAGCGCGGGACAUGCGAGACGAUGCGCGGACAUCAAUAUUUUCUUUUAGGGCUCAUGCAUGUAGUUCCUAAUUGAUUCAUCAUUUGAUUGUUUCUAUGUAUCUAUAUGUUACAAUGACAUUACGUGACAUUGAUACAUUGUCGUUCUAAUUUAUCAUGUCGAUUUUUCCGCGGCCUUGAAUAACAGCAACAGGCAUUUUCGUGAUGUCCAGAGAAGGCUUGACGAGAUGGCGAUAGCAAAACCACCAGCGAAUAAUACCUCAACGAGCAGUUGCGCGUCUCUGCCUAAGGCUUCGAGCUUAGCUGCGGCGCCACUGACAAGACCGUUGACAUCAGGUGGAGGUGAAAAACUUGACGCUCUCGUAGGGAGCCCCACCACCGGAGCCGUUGGUCGAUCGGAGGAGGACACUGAUGGAGAAAAACAUGACCAAAUAACUGAAAAUGCUCGGGGGGAGGAUGCCGAAAAUGGUAAUGAAUGGGUAGCUGCGUCCUCGUCGCAAAAGGGAGACAAAAACGAGAAUUUGGCGGGUCAACAUCCAGAGGAGCCACCCCACAGAAGAACUAGCACAGCGACUAACUUCGACUCGGGAACCGCAGCCCGAGUGACUGUGCUGUCGACCGAAGCAUCGACGCGCAUCGAGACUCCAGACGGUGAUGGGUUCUUGCGUGUUUCUUCGACAGCGAAUUCUGGUUCCGCUCAGGUGAUUUCGGGCAGAAGCACCGCCUUACUAUCGUCUAGAAGAGCAAGCACGACCACGACUGGUACCACAAAUGUUCUAGCACUCUGUAGUUCAUCAGGUAGACGGGCUACCAUAACUCAAGAACGUCAAUCUUCUUCUAGUUCAUCAUCCUGUACUUCUAGACGCGACGACAAGACAGGAGGCGAAGAGUCGAUUAAGUGUGUUGUACGUGAAGAAGUAGACGAUGUCGUAAUUAGUGAAGCAGAUGGAGAAGGAGGUGACGAAGAGCUAGGGAGGACAAAACUAGAUGAAGUAAAUGCGGGAGCUGAAGCAAGUGCGAAAUUAAGCAGAGAGAGUAAAAUCAAGUUCAAAGAAACUGACGAUACUUGCACUGUGCUAGAAGAAGGUGACACGACAGAAGAGAUAGCGGAGACCACUGACACCUACAGGAGUUUGACAAAGCAGGACUUUCUUCGGGUGUCCUCAGUAACUUGGAGCUCGCGCAUAAAGGCCAGGGCUACUGCGAGCACGCGGAUCGGGUCGCCGUUCUCUUCCGAUGGUAGCAGUGUGCAAUUAUGGAAAUAUUCAAACACUUCUGAAAAAAACAAUUGGAAGAAUUACUCCAGAGUACGUCUAACAGUAAAGACUCUGAGUUUGUAACUUGUUCUUGCUGUUCAUCUUCUUCUGACGCAUAGCGAGUCAGCAUGGCUGACCUGGGCUUGAGCUGCCUUCUUCCUGUCUUCUAAUAUACGGUUCUCCGCUCUCAGACGAUAUCGGAAGGCUUACGUGCGUGCAAGAGAAACCGAUGACGCCUGUAACAGAGGCAACCGAAGACGGAUCUUCGGAAGCGCACGGAGGAGAGCAGUAGCUGUGCUAUCGAUUCAAAUCUUGUCAAAUUAACUUCCACUGGAAUUCAAAGAUGAUGAUAGGCCUAGGUUUUAACAUUGCACUUCUCGGAUCGAAAUUCUGACUGCGUGUGAAUUCCAAGUUUUCAAAAAAUCGAAGACUCAACUGCACAUUUUUACAGUGCUGGCAUUCUUGGCCGUAUUGGAGCGUCUUCCUUUAGCACUUCUGGACUCUCUCCAAUAUCUAAUAGGCAAACUUCUAGCAGAGUACGCAGAAAUUCUAAAGGCGGAAAGAUUUGCCCUCAGAGUUGUAUGUAGAAUCAAGAGCUGGAGGGACUUUGUUGAAGUGUCGGUAUAAUGUCUUUUUUGCGCAUUAGUAAUACAUUCUUGCGACUCAGCAUCGCGCAUAUUUUCCGCCUCAGAUGGCUAAGCCUAAGAUACACCUUUUUCCAUUGAUUGAUUGACAGACGGUCAGCCUGAUAGACUGCAUUCAUACAAUAAGAAGCGGCAGAAAAGUAACAGAACACCUUUCAAACGAACAAGACGAGAUGACUGUGUGUGUGUGUGUGUCCUCCUGUAACAAGUAAGUAUCUGCGUACCUAAGUACUUGACAGCUUUUUUUAGGUUUUUUCGGAUGCAGCGCGGGGCACUCGGAAUGUCUUUUGCUUCGACGAUGCAUCCGAAAAAACAGUACAAAUCACUAUUUAACGAGCCACAGACAAAGGAAAACGACACGUGGUACUAGUUUCGACCCUUAUAGCAUUGAAUGCUCCUGGUGUUGAUAUUAAUGAAGGAAUAUUAUAUAUAACAACGCAGUGGAGGUGACCAGAGCGUGUAGUUAUACCUAUGAUGUAAGAACGCAGCGCAAGCGCAACGCACGUUGAAGAAAACCUCCGACGCCCAGAUCCUUGCCCAUCUGCAAAUGCAGACGUUUCUAGUAUGGAGCUUCUUUUAUUUCUAUCGAUUGAAGAUUUCAUGGCAGCGCAUUGUGAUGAAAACAAGCGUAUAAUUUUUCUUGCAAAUGAUAGUUUGGCAGUUCGAGUUUCUUAGUUUAAGUCAUGAUGUUGCACAGGAUACGCGUUUCCGCUAAUUGUGCCUGUCCAUCCAACGCAAGGUCGUUUGGCUGAAGGCGCAGAGAUUCCAGUCUAGGAGGUGGACGAAGAUAAGCUUCUAAUUUCAUUCUGUUCUUGGAUGUGGGGAGUUGGAGUUGCACUGUGGCGCAGAGUGUACGAGAGUAGAU